AUGUCAUUGAUUGUUGCUUUGAUACUCGGCAUUGGGCAUGAAAUUGAAGAUGAAAUUGCUUAUCAAUUAGGAAAGAAAGGAAUAUGUGUUGCAUAUUAUUCUAAAAAUAAAAAUAAUCUUGAUCGAAUAACAAAGAUAUUGAGCGAUGAAGAUAUCCAACCAAACUUUAUUCUACUGGAUACUGCUGACAAUGUAAUUCAACGACUUGAUGAAGAAUUCGGAAAAUUAGAUGUACUAAUCAAUGUUGGAAUAUUACUUGACAAUGGUCAAUUCAGAAUCAAUCUACUGACAUCAACAAAAUUCGAAGCGAACGACUUUUUCGAUACGUUGCAUGCAUCCGAAAAGUUCAUUCCUAUAUUACAAAAAUCGCCUUCAAGUUCUGUGAUUAAUGUGUAUACUCAAACCAAAGGAGCAUCGCUCAGUGCACUAGUGCAAAACUGUACAGCGAAGAUGGCUGAACAUCAGUUCAUGAAUCAUUUCAAUAAAUCAUUCGCAAAUACAAACAUUACGAUUCAUUCGGUUACUUUAGAUGACAAUCGACCGGUUCCAACUAUUCAAGAUGAGUCACGUCGAAUUGUUGAAUUAGCACUUACACCUUUUAUUGAACCGUCAAAAACGAAAUCAAUGCGUAUUCUGUACGGAAUCGUCGGUGAAGGACUUGGUCAUGUUACGCGCUCGAAGGUAACACUUGAACUGCUUAUGAAAGAAGGACAUCAUGUGAAAGUUGUCGUCAGCAAUCGUGCAUAUAAAUUCUUGAACGAAAACUUUUCCAGUCGAUAUCCGCGUUGUUCUGCAGCGAGUUCUGAUGAAGCAGCAAUCGAUGUAAUUGAAAUCGAAGGUUUAACAAUGCAAUAUGUUAAUAAUAUUUUCGAUGAGAAAGCAUCAGUUCGACACACGAUGCAACGUUUACCAACGAUGUUAAACAAGAAUUUCGGUGCAUAUUAUCGAAAUCUUGUUCUUUGGCGGCCAAAAGCAGUAAUAAGUGAUUUCGAUAGUUUCGCUUAUCUAUUUGCUAAAGCACAUGGUCUACCGAUCCUUUCGAUCGACAAUCAACACGUUGUACAACGAUGCGUGAUACCAGAAGAAGCGAGACAAUCAGAUUUACGGGCAUUUAAUACGUAUAAAAACUUUGUUAAAGUUAAAUUGCCCUAUUGCGAUCAUUAUAUAAUCACUGGAUUUUUCACGCCGGAAAAACGUGAAAAAUACAAAUCGAAAACAACACUUGUACCACCAAUUUUACGACAAGCGAUUCUAGACGCUAGACCUACACCGGCUGAGCAAGGUGAACAUUUUCUCGUUUAUCAGAGCAGUAAAAGCGAUACGACUCUCCUGUCGACUCUCCAAGCUUUCGGUGAAAAAUGCAUUGUCUAUGGUCUUGGUCGCGAUGAAACUAUUGGAAAUUUACAACUAAAAGGUUUUUCCGAACAAGGUUUUAUUGAUGAUCUGGCACACGCAAAGGGGGUCAUUGCUAAUGGUGGACUUUCACUUAUGAAUGAAGCGAUCAGUCUACAACGUCCAUUUUUCAGUGUACCCGUGGAGAAUCAAUAUGAACAAGUUUUGAAUGCGUGGUACUUGCAAAAGUUAGGCUAUGGCGUGUUUGUUGAUAAACUCGAAGUGAAUGCACUUCAACAAUGGGCGGAAAAUAUUCCACAGUACGCUAAAGCACUUUCUCAUUAUCAUCAUGAUUCAAAUUUACAAUUGUAUAAAACGGUGAAACGUGUUCUAGCAGAAUUUAGUACUCGAUUUAUUUGGUGGGAUCCAUUGAAUUUGAUUUAA